CUGCCUUUGUUCUGGGUGGUUUUGUUGGUUUGUGUGGGAUUUGCCUCUGGAAAUUGUUCUUUCAGGAUGCUGGCUUGAUAAAGUCCUGCCACCCCGGGGUCACACACCGGGGACUUUGCACGGAGGAACUGCUCAGAAUUUUACUGCAGAACCUGCAUGUCUCUCUUAGACGAGGGAAACUGAGAGGAGUCGUAUUUUUCUGAGGGGAAGAUAAAUUGAAGACUUUCAUCUACCCUGGCUCAUCCCUGGCAUAAAAGCUACCCAAAAUCAGCUGAGUCACACAGGCCCAGCAGCCAGCUGGGUGGGGGCAGGUUGGAGAUAAACAUUUUGCUAUCAAGGCCUGUCCAGACUUUGUUUAUUCGAGUCCCUCCCACCCUGCACCACCCACUCUGCAAUUUGGGGGGGCCCAAUUCUGCCAAGAGCAGCGACUUAAUUUCCUGGAUGGGAGUCCUGGGUGGGUUUAGGUGUCUGCAGAGCAGGGCUUUCGGGUAGGGUUUGUUCUUGGCAUGGGAAGCACAUCUGAGCAGAGCAUGACGCGGCAAAAGCUCGGCUGGAAGGAUGCACUCGCUUCUAAGGGAGAGCAUCGGGCAAAGCUGUUCAUCCCAGCAUUUCUGGCACCCAGCCUGCACCGUGCUCUGUCUCUGCCUCACCCACAUCUCUGGGCACUCCAGUCCCUGCCCCUGAUGCACGGGAAGGUGUUGGAAGCGCCUGUGAGCCAUAAAUGCCCUUUCUCAGUCACGACGCCCAAAGACAGAGGCAUUCUGUCCCUGCUGCUGAGGUACACACGCGGAAGGAGAAGAUUCACAGCAAAUCCCAAAGGAUUUCUCUCCCUGCAGGGAGACUGGGCAGGCUCAGAGUCACCAAACCCCCAGAUACUUCAUGACUUUUCAUCAGCUUCGUGACUAUGAUCAUGAUUGUUCAUGGACUUCAGGCAGAGAUGAGUGAACUGUUUGAAUGAGCAGGACUCGUCCUGCAGAUCCUACAACCUGAGCAGACCUCCAAGGUUCUGGCAUUCCCUUCACCAGGAUGGGAGCAGCUCUCCCUGGUGCUGCCUUCACUCCCAUCUCCAUUCCCAGCUGGGAUGACACCCUGCUCCAAGUGCCCCAGCACAGAAAUCCUGUGGGAUCUCCUCUCCCCACGCUGCUUUUCCUGCUCCCAUUCCUGGUGCCAGAACAUCCCUGUGGGCAGCACCCAGCUCCUGGUGGGGCUGGUGAGGGGCUGCAGGAGGUGCAGAAGACACUUAGCAGGAGAUGGUCCCUGGAGGAAGUGGUGAUGUGUGAGAGGAGCUUGGUUAUCCCUGUGGCUCUGCUGCAGCCUGCUCAGCCCAGUCUGACAGGACUCAGCAGCUCUUCCUUAGCCCAGCCCAAACCCUCUGGAAAACAACAGGAAAACAGUGCACUGACCCUGGCACCUUUGGGAUUAAAACCUCUGCCUGAUUUCAGCAGGAAUGGCGUUUCUUGGGGCUUUAUGGAGAAAACAAAAGAGGAAAUCUCCCCAGGGCAUUGCUCCGGGACAGGGUGCUUCACCCCUGGCAUGCCCCAGGGCGUGUCAGGGGAACCCAAACAUCUCCAGGAGAGGGGGAAUGUGGAACUUGGCAGGUUCAGGAGGGGCUCCCCCACACACUGGGCAUCCCUGAGCUGAGCUUUUGAUGUUUUUAGAGCCCACAGCAGAACCUGCAGCAACAAACCUGGUGUUCCAAGCCCGUUUCACUGCUCUUUUUGGAUGUGGCUGAUGGCAGCAGGAAUGGGUUGAUACUGUCUCAUCCUGUCCCAGCCAAGGGGCCUUGCCCAGCAUGGGUGAGCUUUAAGGUCCCUCCAAACCUUUAUUUAAGGUCCUUCCAACCCAAAAGCAUUCUGAGCUUCUGUCUUUUAGGAUAUCUUGAAUUGGAAGGGACCAACCCUGAUAGCUGAAGUCCAGCUGUGAUCCUUCUGCUCCAAAAGGCACAAAUGAACCAAGGGGGUCAAGUUCUGUUCCAGGAGAAGGAGAAUGGGGCUAAUGCAGGUUUUGGCUGCAGAGCCUGAGCAUCCUCUGAGCAGCUGCAGCACACUCCUGGGGGUGCAAGGACACCCUGGGCAGGGCAGGGUCCUGCAGGGUUUGCUGACUUCAGACCCCUCUGAGAUCGUGGCUCUGCUUUGGCCCAAACGUUCACCACUCCAUGGACACCAGGCAGAGCCCGGUGUUCAGAGAGCUGGGGCACGAGGCUCAGAGCUCAGAGCUCAGAGCCUGAGCCCCUGCCCGUGGCCAGUGCUGAUGGAUCAUUGCUGGGGCUCCUGCAGGGGCCCGUGCUGGAGCGUGGAAGGACCACCCUCACCGAGGGGAUGGGAUAAAGCUCUGGAGCUCGGGAUAACCAGAGGUCCCUUCUCAGUGCCAGCCCCUCCUGCUCCCCCGGUGUUCUUGCUGUCCAGGAACAGCCUCAAGGACACCUGCUCCCCUCUGUCCGAGCUCGUGGACCCUGAGAACUUCAGGGUUGUGUCUGCAGCCCCAGCCCUGCCCUGGGCUGUGUGGGAGAGCCAGACCUCGCUGUUCCUCUCUCCAGGGACACGCUCUUGGGCUGGUGGGGAAGCAUCCCUGUGCAGUACCCAGGAGGGAGGGGUGAUGCUUUGUGCAGUGACUUUCUCCCUAAAAUGCCCCGUUUUUAGUGCCAGCCCAGCACAGGGGAGGGCAGCUAUGGAGAGAUGGUUACCUGCAGGAGAUGUGGCUGGGGAACAGCCCCAGGGGAAGGAAGGUGCAGCCUGGCAUGCAGGAGUGGGAGCAGAGGGAAGCUCAGCAGGGCAUUUCAGGAAACCCAAACUCCCUCAGCAAGAGAGGCAGAACCAAGGAGCAGGGUCCUGCCUUGCCCAGCACGGGGCAUCCACACUUCCCCCUUCUCCAAAACUUUUAAUUCAGAAGGGAUCAUUCUCUUCACUUAUGUCUAAAGACAAAAAGAAAAAAAAAAUAGUGUUUUUCAGGGUGGGUCUCAGGCCAAACCCAAAUGCUUUUGGAAAAGGGGGAAAUAGUUCAAGAUUCCUUCUGGUUGUGUUUUAUUUUAUUUGUAGGAAUGAAAUUUCUGUUUUCCCAAAACCCAGAGGUGUCUGUGGAAAUACUGAGGAUUCUGUUGUGGCAGGGAGCAGGGAGUGAGCCAUGCCCGUAACCAGGGGCUGAGGAGGAGGGAGGAGGAAGGAGGAGGGUGUGGUGCAUGAGAGCCCUUUCAGGAGGGCAGUUCUGCCUCGGGGAGAGGUCAGGGAGGAACCUGUGGGCUGCAGGUGGUGUCUGGGGGGACAGGAAGGAGAGGGCCCGGGGAGGGGGAAAAUGCAGCAGGAAACCAGGGAGACAUAAAGGAGAAGCUGUCUGGAGCCAAGGGGCACAGGAGGGUGGCAGAGGGGGUUCCGGUGCCAGCAGAGCCUUGGUGCCAGCGGGUCCGGCAGCUCUGCCCCAGCCGGGAUCCCCUGAGCAGCUCUGGCUCCUCUCCUGCUGCAGCUCCUUGGGACAUCCC